UUUCGCACGAAAUUUAUAUUAAAUUAUGACAGAGCAAGUUUUGAGGACCGGCGAGGCGGCUAGGAAUCGGCGACUGAAGCGACAUCAUUCUGAUUUAGACGUAAACGGUGGAAAAAGCGACGAAAAUGUCAAGGAAUUCCAUCAAGAGACGACAGAGGCGAGAAACUCUUUGCUGGGCGUAACAUUACAGGCCGUGUCCAGGCCUCUAACGGUUCUGGAAUCUUUCACACAUUACACAGGAAUCCUGUACAUUGUUCUUGGCAUACUCUUUAUACUCGUUCCCGACUAUGUUUACCAUCUAUUGUUAAUCAAAAUAAACCCCCAAACCACUAGCUAUGGCCGACUCGCAGGAAACUACGUAGUAGGAAUUGGAGUCUUUUACGUCACUUCCGUUCGCUCCAGUCUCCUUCGUGUUCCGGUCAAUCGUAUUAUUAUCGGGAUGGUUUUUGGACGCAUAUUCUUUGUAAACCUAUCUUGCCUUGCUAUAUACUUCAACCAUAGCGGACCGUUAGGGCUGGUUGCAAGCGUCAUGGCCAUGGAUACUAUUUUAGCAACGAUCUCCUACGUCCUUUGGGUCGGAGAAAGAAAUGCCGGAAUCCUCGCCUCACUUCCUUGGGCAUUCAAAAAAGUUUUACAGCUUUGUUCGCCGCAAAACAUAACUACAUUUCACAAAAGUUCUACUAUUGUUAAACUGCUCGGAUAUGCACAAUUUUCCUUAGGAACAGUAUUUUUAAUAAGACAGGACUUCGUAAAGAAUGGCUUGGAUCUUGAAGCCUUUGACGAGCACUCAAAGGGUAUCCUGUCAUUUUCAUUUAUGUGCUUUGCUGUGAUUGGUUGGCUUCAUAUUUUAGCUGCUUCGGGCGGUGCGUGUUUGUUUAACGUCGUGGCUGUGCUUUAUAGAGUUUUCUUCAGCAUUCCCUUCAACUAUUACUUUUCAAAUUCAAACAAAAUUGCGCCUAAUCUCUCUAAGUGUUUCGUUGGUUUUGAUGUUUUUGCAGCUCUUAUCAUAGCACUUGUCCUUUUCGUCGAGAAAUAAAACUUAUGUCUUAUGAUUAACGUCGACAUUUGCCGCAGAAGAAUUUCAUUGUAAAAUUGAAUGUCGUGACAUGUUUUAUCCCUUAUAUUUACUCUCUUGCGGGCUUCCUUUUGCAAACGGACCGCGAGACGACUGAGUACAAAAAACGAAAUGUUUGUGUUUCGUCGUCUCCAGACCCCUAUAGAGAGGUUAUAGAGAGAUGCUUGCUGUUGAAGCUACUUGCAUCCCUUAAUUCAGUCACAAAGAAAUCGUUUCCGGAGCGGAAGUAAUAUAUAAUCAAAACAAACUAAAGAACAAACUAAAGCUCUUUUUUUUGAGACAAGCUUCCUGUGGAUGCCCUCCUCUUUUGGUGUGUCUUUCUAGCACGAAAUCUAGGUUAAUUAAUUAAGAAACUAAAAUAUAUCUCACCAAAAUGUAAAACGGAAAAAGUAGAUUAAUACUCUAAUGCAGGAGGGAGGCGGGGUUAGCCAUCUCUAGGCAAAUCGCUGGAACAGUGUUAUUUCCAUUCCAUUGACGUCACGUUUCAGCUCUCUUAUAUUUUCCAAUAGUUAUAACGACAAUAGAAUACAACAGAUUUUAGAGCAUUGCACCAACUGAGUGCUAUGCAGGUUCACUCGUCAAACAAACUUGAUCCUCGAAAUUACCUUUAAAAUUGAAAACAAAAAACAAACAAACAAAGAAAAAAGAAAAAUUUUAACAUCUCUCUAAGAUACAUUAUACAACUGAAUUUUUAUUUUGUAUUUAUAGAACAUUAAAGGCCC